CAGUACGUGGCAAAGACAUCGCUCAGAAAAGUCCCUCGUGCCCGCUUUCUGCCUUCCACUCCACCUCGUUUCUCCCUUUCCUAUUAAAUGCCUCUUUUUUUGCCGAUCGCAUCUCGAGGAUGCUGAACUUCCCGGCCCUCCUCAUCCCAAACCAUCCUAGGCCGAUCAGCCAGCCCUUGACCUCAAAUCAUAGGCAGAGGCCGAUCAGCGCUUAGGAGAGUUGCACUUCUGAUUGGGCCUGAGGGCUUGUCAAUCUUCAAGAUUUUCCAAUCAGGGGCCGGGUCCAUCCAGCUUUCUACUCUCCAUUGGCCUGUGUGGGGGAAGGGAGGGGCAAGCCGAAGUUGCGCGAGAGCAGAGCUCGGCGUUGAGUACGCAGGUGCGAAGGAGCUGGCAGAGCCCGGGCCGGGGGCGGGCUUGAAGACUUGUUUGGUUUUGGAGACCGUGACGGAGCUGUCUGGGUUCGACCGCUAGGCGGAAAGCGUUUGCGAAGGGCCAGGCCAAGAAAGAGGCCCGCGAGAUUCCCAAUGGUGUCCAUGACUUUCAAGCGGAGCCGCAGCGACCGGUUCUACAGCACCCGGUGCUGCGGCUGUUGCCAUGUCCGCACCGGGACGAUCAUCCUGGGGACCUGGUACAUGGUGGUGAACCUAUUGAUGGCAAUUUUGCUGACAGUGGAGGUGACUCAUCCAAACUCCAUGCCAGCUGUCAACAUUCAGUAUGAAGUCAUUGGUAAUUACUAUUCAUCUGAGAGAAUGGCUGAUAAUGCCUGUGUUCUUUUUGCCGUCUCUGUUCUUAUGUUUAUAAUCAGUUCAAUGCUGGUAUAUGGAGCAAUUUCUUAUCAAGUGGGUUGGCUGAUUCCAUUCUUCUGUUACCGGCUUUUUGACUUCGUUCUCAGUUGCCUGGUUGCUAUCAGUUCUCUCACUUACUUGCCAAGAAUCAAAGAAUAUCUGGAUCAAUUACCUGAUUUUCCCUACAAAGAUGACCUCCUGGCAUUGGACUCCAGCUGCCUCCUGUUCAUUGUUCUUGUGUUCUUUGCCAUAUUCAUCAUUUUUAAGGCUUAUCUGAUUAACUGUGUUUGGAACUGCUAUAAAUACAUCAACAACAGAAAUGUGCCGGAGAUUGCUGUGUACCCUGCCUUUGAAGCACCUCCUCAGUAUGUUUUGCCAACCUACGAAAUGGCCGUGAAGAUGCCUGAAAAAGAACCACCGCCUCCUUAUCUACCUGCCUGAAGAAAUUCUGCCUUUGACAAUAAAUCCUAUACCAGCUUUUUGUCUUGUUUAUUUUGCGGAAUGCUGCAGUACAGGGCUCUUCAAACUUGUUUGAUAUAAAAUACCUUGUCUUUUGUUUAAGCAUUCAUUUUCAAACACUAAGGAGCUUUUUGGACAUCUAUUAAAUCUUUUUUGUUGUUUUAUAUUUUAUUAGUUUUUGAAGACAAUCUAGGUUAAGUGACAGCGAAGCACCAUUGUUUGCCUUUAAUUGGGGGGUGGGAAGGGAAAAGAGGGUAUUCUCCACAUGUUUUCUUUUUUAACUUUGCACUUUCUUUAUAUAAUAGUUUGCCCUGGAUACUUCCAGGAAGAAUGAAUUAAAUGUUCAGGGUGAGUGAGUUCAUAUAAGAUCUGAAGUUUUCAACUAUGUAAACAGGAAAAAUUUAUGACAUUUUGACUUGACUGUGGACAAUAAUGGUUGCAUGUUUCUAAUGUGUAUGUUUCCAUCUUUGUGGUAAAACGCUUUAAUAAAUCCCUUAAA